AAUAAUUUUGCUGGUUUACUCAGUUUUUUCUACACUCCCCGAAAUGUCAUCGAAGAAGGUAGAACGCACACAUAUAUAUACACCAAGGACUACUUUAAGUCGGAUUCUGGAAGUUACCAACGAAGAUCUCAUGGAAAGUGGCAGGUCGCCUGCUCACAAUAAGGAAGUCUUCCAUAGAUCAGGACGCUCUAGGCAGACGUCCAAAGGCAGAAAAAAUAGACGUCGCGACAGCCCCCGUCCAAAAAAAAAUUGGGCUUCAUCACCGGGUACUUUGUACAAUCCCAAUUCUGACACAUUUCAAUUCUACGAGUCAAUUUCGACGUCCCCCUCUGACACUGAUGAAUCGCAAAUGGGCGACACCGAAUCGUCUGAGAAUUCUCGUAAAACCCUCACCAAGAAAAACCUACCCGAUAAGGAGAUACAAGGCAACGCCGACAAGGCAAUUUUUUCAGCUAAAACUUUAAAAAAACAAGAUGCAAAGAAGAAGCCUGGCGUAGCUAAAAAGCAGAAAACAAAAAAGAUGAUGUCACCCACCCAGAGUCCCAGGAACCGAUGUAACCAAAAAUGCGCCGACGAAGCUGAUGUUUCAGGACCGUCGUCGGAUAGCGAAUUAAAAAAGCUUAAUCGCCAUGUCACUUCUCCGGUCAAACGAAGCGAAACCUACAGUUUAGAAGUGCAAUUUUCAAACAAGAAGAAAUAUGUAAAACUGUUGACUAAAGAGAUAGCCCACAGAAAACAGGCAAUUUUGGAUUUGCGCCAGAGUCUCGUCAUUAUUAGAGACAAAUUGGCCGAAUUAGGUGUUGUGGUAACAUUGGACGACCUAACACUGGAUAAACUUGAGGCCUUACCCGAAAAAAUACCAAGUAAGUUACUGGAAUUGUGCGGCCACUUGCUGACUCGACAACAGUACAUGGCGGAACGUCUUCAAGAAUGUUCUCAACUCGAUCAGCGCAUCAAAGAUGAUGUGCAAGUGUUUAAGGAGGAAGGUGUGGAACUGCACAAGACUUACGAUUUAAUGGUCAAAAUGAACAAGCAGUGGGAAGAACCAGAAGAAUCUAACGAAAACGAAAGUACACAAGAGGUCGAGGAGUUGGUCGAGGAAAUGGUCGAGGAAUUGGUCGAGGAAUCGGCUCCGCCUUCUAACACGGAGGUGGCAUGCACCACUGUGGCUUGCAUCGAAGAGGAACCUGUGGAAGAAAUCACAGAAAUGCAAAGAGUCAUAGAAAAAGAAAUGAAGGAGAAAAUGAAACCAAAGAGAAGGAGAAUUAAAUCCAAAUAUCAGCUUUACGUGAUUUUUGAGGAAAUACGAGUCCCAUCUGAAAUUGACUGUGCCAUUGAAAUAAUAUUUGAUAACUUGAAUGUAAUUUUUGCUGACAAAAAUGAGUCACAGACGGUUAACUUUAUGGAUAUGUUGGAUGAGUACCAUUACGCAGUAUGUCAAAUGAUCGUGGAAAAUUUGCAAAAAGUGAGAUACUUGGAGGAUCACGUUCACCGACGUGAUAGAUGCUUGGAUAGACGUGACGCUGUACUAAAGUUUAAAACAAUGAAUGACGAGGAAAGAAAAAAAGAAAUUAAGUCUCUGGAGGAGAACAACGAGGCGCUGUUGAGGGAUAAAGAAAUGCUUAAUAAAUUUGUGAAGGAGCUACAGGCCUUUUCGAGUCGGAUGUAUAAACGCAAAGAGGCCGCCGAAGCUAAAGCUAUGAUUCUAUCGAACAAAGUGGAUGACUUGAAGGAGAACAAUACAAAUCUUCGUACUAUGGCCAACGCUGUUUUUAAGGCAGCCAAAUUGAAGAAGCAUGAGCCACAAUGAAUGUUUAUAUUUUAUACACCUUGCACACUGUUGUUUUUAUAAAUAUAUGAAAUUAUAUGUAGAUAAAAGUA